AUGGCACUUGUUUCGCAUCACGCUGCAGCCGGAGCUAUGGUUGGUGGACCAACGUCGAUGUAUGGUGCUGGACCGGCAGCCCCAAGUGCUGCUGCAGCAGCAGCUGCUGCCGCUGCUGCACUGGCCAAAGAAACUCGACACAGUAGCACAUCUCUUAGCGGCAAAAGUACUGUGGGCGCAAAAUUGGUACAGAACUCCUAUCAUAAUGGACAUCUUCAACAGCCAUCGGCAGCACAUUCCCAAGCAAUUUUAACAGCUGUGCAACCGUUUUAUCGUCCACCGAAUACGGAACAGUACGACAGUCAGCCUGAUCGCCCAAUUGGCUAUGGUGCUUUUGGCGUCGUCUGGUCAGUUACGGAUCCCCGAAAUGGCAAACGUGUGGCGUUAAAGAAAAUGCCAAAUGUUUUCCAGAAUCUUGCAUCAUGCAAACGCGUUUUUAGGGAAAUCCGCAUGCUUUCCAGUUUCAGACAUGAUAAUGUAAGUCUCGUUUUUCACUUGAUUUCUCCUGCUAAAAUUUAA